AGACCUCUAAUUUAAAGUCACCACAUUUGAACCGCGCCGCGGAUGGACUGGGUUGGGGUCCUCCGCUAGUUUCUUUAUAUAUUACUAUAUUCUCUUGUUCAACAACUUCUGCACAAUCAAAAACUUCACCAGUUGCUCACUGUCUUUCACAUCCAUUCCAUAUUCAGACAGACUCUCACAAGACAAGACAGGAAGUGUUAGAUAUUGCGUUCUUCGGAAAACACAAGACACAAGUUUGAGAGAGAGAGAGAGACACAACUCAUGGCAGAAGGAGGAACAACAUUGGAGUACACUCCGACGUGGGUUGUUGCUGUCGUCUGCAGUAUCAUCGUCAUCAUCUCUCUCUUCGUCGAACGCCUUAUCCAUUAUCUUGGCAAGUUUUUGAAGAGAAAGAAGCAGAAGCCUCUUUUCGAAGCCUUGCAAAAGAUCAAAGAAGAGUUGAUGCUGUUGGGGUUCAUUUCGCUGUUACUAACCGUGUUUCAAGGAAGUAUUGCCAAAAUCUGCAUUCCAAAGGACUUAGCUGAUAAAUGGAUGCCUUGCGAUAAGCCUGAAGAAAGCAACAAUGUUUCAACUACUUCCCAUUAUCAGUCCUUCUUUUUCUCCUUCAUUUCACCUCAUGGCACCGGCCGUCGGCUUCUGACUGAGGCUUCUAAUACUUCUGAAGAAUACUGCAGUGCUGAUAAGGGAAAGGCUCCUCUGUUAUCUAACACAGCAUUGCACCAUCUUCACAUUUUCAUCUUUGUCCUAGCUGUUGCACAUGUGACUUUCUGUGCUUUAACCAUUCUUUUUGGAGGAGCAAAGAUUCGUCAAUGGAAACACUGGGAGUAUUCUGUUUCAAUGGAGGAAUAUGAUGCAGAAGAAGCUCUUAAAACAAAGUAUACCUUUGUCCGUGAGCAUGAUUUCAUCAAGAGAAACUUUCGAGGUGUGGGGAAAAGUGCUUUUCUAGGUUGGUUGCACUCAUUUUUCAAGCAAUUUUAUGGAUCUGUAAACAAAUCAGAUUAUACCACUCUGAGAUUAAGCUUCAUUAUGAACCAUUGCAGGGGAAACCCAAAGUUUGACUUUCACAAGUACAUGAUCCGUGCCCUUGAAUCCGAUUUCAAGAAAGUUGUUGGAAUAAGCUGGUAUCUUUGGUUGUUUGUAGUCCUUUUCCUCUUGCUGAAUGUUCACGGUUGGCAUGCCUAUUUCUGGAUAGCCUUCAUUCCUGUCAUUCUUCUACUUGCUGUGGGCACUAAGCUAGAGCAUGUAAUCAGCCAAAUGGCCCAUGAGGUUGCUGAUAAACAUGUGGCCAUUGAAGGAGACUUGGUAGUUAAACCUUCAGAUCAUCACUUCUGGUUUAACAGGCCACGCCAUGUUCUCUUGCUCAUUCAUGUCAUCCUAUUCCAAAAUUCUUUUGAAAUUGCAGUUUUCUUCUGGAUUUGGAUUCAAUAUGGUUUUGACUCCUGCAUCAUGGGACGAAUUGCUUUCAUCAUUCCAAGACUCGUCAUCGGGGCAUUUGUUCAGUUUCUUUGCAGCUAUAGUACCCUACCACUUUAUGCACUUGUCACACAGAUGGGAAGUUCAUUUAGCAAAGCUAUAUUUGAUGAAAAUGUGCAACAAGGACUUGUUGGAUGGGCUAAGCAGGCAAAAAAGAACAUAGGCUUGAAGAAGGCUGCCAACAAUGGCUCUACCCAUGUGUGGCAGAAGCAGACUUCUCCCAUUGCAGUUCAAUUGGCAAAAGUCAGUGAUGACCAGAUGCAAUCUAAAAUGCAAGAGGGCAAUAAUGAAGGAGAAAUUACGCCAGAAAGAAAUGGAUGCAAUGGAGCCCACAAAUGAAGAGCCUAAUUGCCAUGUUGAUCUCCCCUGAAGCUAUGGCUUAAAACUCAGUCAAUGCUUUCACAGUAUAUAUGUAGCUAAUUGAAAAAAGAAAAGUUUUCUCAAAAUAUUGUAUGCUAAUUUUCUAAAUUAAGAAAGAAAAUUUAAACUCAAAAGUAUAAAGGGUGUCUACAAAUUAUUCCAUUCUUAUUAA